ACGUAAAGGGCGCAAAUAUACAAGGGAGGUGUUUGUAAUAAGUUGAGGCGCUUCAGUGGCAGAAUUUUCCACAAUAGGGAAGAUGCACAACUGGCAAGAGAACGAAAUAAAAGAACUUUUGACCAUCCGGGGGUCGGAAGCCAUCCGUAACCAGAUUACGGGCACAGUGAAGGACUCUGUAGUGUACAACAGGAUGACCAAACUGCUGGCGGAGAGGGGGGUGUACAGGUCACACAUGCAGGUGAUCAGUAAACUGAAGGCACUAAGGAAGCAGUACACCAAGUAUCACCAGCAGAAGACCCGCUGCGGGAGCGACCGCGUCGACUGGCCGUUUUAUGAGCAAUGCCACCGGGUUUUCGGGAAUGCCUCCGCGGGGAACCCGGUUAAACGGCAGAGGAGUCCCACACCCCCACCUGCACCCUCACCCCCACCGCCAUCUCCCCCGCCGCCCGAGGAGGUUGUCGUCGGCCUCUGGGACGACGUUGACGACAAGGAGAUCAACAAGCAUCUGGGUCCAGUGGAGGCAGAGGACGACGAUGAGUACAGCCCGUCAGAACAGUUACAGUCCAUUAACGCCAUUUUAAUCAUAGUGCACUCAGUGGUCAUGCGUUGGCGGACAGCAGCAUGUCUGUCACAGUCCAACCUCGCUGUUAUGACCAUCAAACUGAUUGAGAGUGGAGGAGACCCGCAGACAGUCAGCAUAUACAGUUCCAUCGAAGAAAAAGAAAACAACAGUGAUGGAGCAAGUCUCUACUUUAGUGUCAGCAACAGUCGCACAGCUCAGAGAGAUGGACGCUUCCAUGCAGGCGCAGGAGGAUGCCCGGCUACAAAGGUUGAUGGACCAUGAGAAGGAAAUGCAGAACAAUCUUAUGAGUCAGCUGGUAGCCAUGCAUGAAAGGAUCAGCCAGCAAAACCAUGAGAAACAUCUUGAACUUGUGGACAGGAUACUCUCGAGGUUCCCUUCACCUUCAGCACCUUCAGGUCCCUGACUGACACUUCCUGUGUGAGUGGUGAAGGCAUAUAACAGGGUUCAGAUGUAGGGAACACUUCGGUCUCUCUCCUCCAGCAGCUGUCUAAUGCCUAAGUCCACGUUCUUUUUGUUUUCACUGUAACAAUGUAAAGAAAGAUAAGUCACUGAGAUCAUCUUGCCUUUAACCUCAACUCUGCUCACUUGUCGCUAAUACAAAUCCAGGGUAAAAAAAAAAAAAAAAACAGGCCAAAUUCACACCAGAGGCCUGAUUCUGUGCUCAUAUGGCUUUGUUUUUAUCUUUUUAGUUAACUCUUGAACAAUGUCAUUGUAAAGAACAAUGACUCUGCAUUAUAAUAGUGGACUGUAGCACCAUUAUUCCAUUUCAAAAAUAAUUUGUCAAAUGCAGAUUAAAAUGUGGUUUUGUCAUGCAAACAAAGUUGGUGGUACACACACAACACAAAAUUCAAUACCCCACUGAACAGCUAAAACAGUCAUAAUCAUGUAAAUGUAAUCUUAACGGACUGUACUGUAUGUAUACUUCUAGUCUUCCCUCCUACUCAGAGCGCUUUACAAUACAUGUCAUAUUCACCCAUUCAGACACUGAUGCCAGUGGCUAGUUAUACACACACCAGGAGAAAUUUGGGGUUCAGUAUCUUGCUCAAGCAGACUUCAAAACACAUUCUGAUUAGUAGACGACCCGCUGUAUCUCCUGACCCACAGCUGCCCCUCGUAGAGCAUAUGAAAACAUAGAGACUUAUUGUUAUAAUCAUUACUUUUACUUUUUUUGACUCCAGUGACUCAAAACUUGCUUAGAAAUCUUUGAAUGUGUGUAUCAGAACAUCAGAUCUGUGUCAAUGUAUGGAUGAAAAUCUGAAAUUGGAGACUGAACACCUGCAGUGUGAACAUUUUUUUCAGUUAACAUGAAAGAAGACAAUGAUUCCCCCCAAAAAAAAAAAA